AUGGUGCUAGGAGGUUUCGUUCUAGAUGAACAGAGUGAAGAAGAAGUGCUACGUGAAGCAAUACAGACUGUUUGUGACCAGGGUUUUCGCAUGCAGCAUGCAGUAGACGUAAAUGAACAAUCUGAUGUGCUGAACUACGCUGCUGAAGUCCUGCGUGAGCUACGCACGAGCUUGCUUUCUCCCAAGAACUAUUAUCAACUUUACAUGCAGGUAAUGGAUCAGUUACGGCAUUUUGAGAGUUAUGUGGAAGAACAACAGCAACAAGGCGCGUCAAUGCGUUUGCUCUAUGAACGCGUCCAGAGCAGCGGCAAUGUACUGCCGAGACUCUACUUGCUCGUGACAGUGGGUGCAAUUUACAUCAAGUCUCAAGAAGCACCAGCUUGUGAUGUGUUGAUGGAUCUUGUGGAAAUGGCAAAAGGAGUACAACAUCCACUACGUGGGCUUUUCUUGAGGCAUCAUUUGUCUCUUAGUGUACGUGACAAGCUACCGGAUACAGGUUCAGUGUAUGAGCAAUCAGGUGGUGGCACUGUCAGCGAUUCUAUCAAGUUCUUGCUGCAAAAUCUUCGUGAAACCAAUCAGCUUUGGAUCCGAUUGCAGCACCAGAAAAUAAGUAGUGAUCGACCACUGACUGCUCGAGAAAAGGAGCGAAUGGAGCUACGUCUGCUUGUUGGGACAAGCCUCGUACGGCUUAGUCAAUUAAAUGGUGUUACGCGCAGCAUGUAUGCUGAACAGGUGCUACCUGUAUUACUAGAUGAUGUUGUCCUUGCAUGCAAAGACUGCAUGGCGCAACAGUAUUUGAUGGAUUGUAUCAUUCAGGUCUUCCCUGACGAGUUUCACUUGCAAAAUCUUGAGAGGCUAUUGGACGCAAUGGAAAAGCUGCAGCCAAAUGUCGACGUUGCUUUGAUCUUGACAGCUCUUUUUGAACGUCUCACAAAAUUUCGGGAGGCGCAGGGAACUGUUAGUAGUACAGGACAGCAGGAAGCAGUAGUGGAUGAUCGUAGCAAGUUAGAAGAGAAGCAGCAAGACGGACUUCAUGUUUUCAAGCAAAUGAUGGACACGACUACCAAGCUGUUUUUGCGCUCAUCGCGGUAUACCGCUGGAAGUGGAAGUCGUUCAAACGAAGGAAGUGGAGUUGAUAUGCACUUGGCCUCAGUGUUGCCCUAUUUCGUAGCGUUUGCUACUUUUACCCUUGUCUGGUUGGGUAACACCAAGCGUGAUGAGUUACAUAUAGCUGCAGCCCUUGAGCAGGUGGUUGCUGGCUGCUUGACAUUUUUACGUGAGCGAACAGCGUGGCGAGUUGACAAAGACAAGCAAAAGCGCCAGGUUGUGGUUUCACAGCUCAAAUCUCUCGCGCUCACGCUCCUUCGAAGCCUUUCCAUCCAGGAUCUCUUGCAAGUGCCGUCACUGCUUGAGUUGCUUGCACUGAUGCCGUGGCAGGGUGCGUGGAAAGAUGUGGCAUUGGCAUGGAUCACAUUGCUACUUGCGCGGCAUGAACGUGUUUACAAUGAGAAACAAAUGAACUUUUUGCUAACGGUGCUGACACCAUUGGUGCGCGAUGACCCCGAUGAGUUGCAGUCGCUAUCGUCAGCCACCACAACAGAAGUGGGGAAGAAGAAGGAGGCUGAGAAUUUUGAAGCGGAGCAACAAACACUAGCCAAGGUUGUCCACCUCGUCGCAAACGAUGAUCUCGACGUCAAAUUUCGCGCAUUUUCGAUGGCACGACGUGCAUUCUUGCUGAGCGGUGUAUUUCGGAUUCGUUUCACUCUUGUGCCAUUAAUCUGCCAGUCGCUAACGCUUGCUCGAGACCUAGCAGCUCAUUCUCAGGAAAAGCCGCAAAGCCAAGAGACUAAGGCAGACUCAGAGAUUACUGCAUGUGAUGGUAACUUGAAGGCUUUUGUUACAACGGCUCGGGAGGUGCUUCAGUUUGUACAUGAGAUGGUGACGGCAUUAGCAUCCAAGCAGGAUGCGCUUUCGGUGUCGUGCGUUCAUUUGUUUCUGCAAUGUGCUCUCGUAGCUGAUGACUGUGCUUUUGAGGCGAUUGCAUGCGAGUUUAUCACGCAGGCUUUUAUUGUGUAUGAAGACCAAAUUACGCUUGCACGUGACCAGUGGCGCGCUUUAGAGUUAAUGGUGGCAUCAUUGCGUGCAACUCGCAAUCUUUCGAGCACCAACUACGAAAUUCUCGCGACCAAGACUACACAGUACUCUGCUCGACUACUCAAGAAAAACGAGCAGGCUUUGAUGGUGCUGAAAUGUGCGCAUCUUUUUUGGCACCCGUCUCAGCGAGAUGGCAAGCGCGUCCGCGAAUGCCUUCAACGAUCGCUACGCAUUGCGGAUUCAAUGAAGGACGUGGUGUCGAACCAGGUUUUCCUUUUUCUGGAUAUACUGGAGGCUUAUGUGUAUUUUUUUGAGAUGCAGACGCCUGAAGUGACCCGCAACUACUUGGUGGGUCUGUUGGCACUCGUGAAAGAUCACCUUAAUAACAUGGAGCUUGGACAGUCGCGCAGGGAAGGUGAAUUCCGUUAUCGCGCCAUUAUGCGCUACAUAGAUGCCUUGGAUGUAUCCAGUGAUGCACUAUCGACCUCGUUUUCACCGUCAUUGCGGUAG